AUGUGGUUAUCGGAAUCGCAAAAGUUUGGUGUAGCAUUCACCUUUGGUGGGGUUUUAUUCUUCAUAUUUGGUAUAUUUACUUUUUUUGACAGGGCUUUGUUGGCAUUGGGUAACAUAUUAUUUUUAAUUGGUGUUGUAUUGAUCAUUGGUUCUCAAAAGACUUUGAUCUUUUUCUCUAGACCAACAAAGAGACGGGGUUCCAUCCUAUUUUUACUAGGAAUAUUUUUGAUUUUGAUAAAAUGGACCUUCAUUGGCUUUUUGGUAGAAUCCCUUGGUAUAGUUGGACUUUUCGGUGACUUUUUUGGUAUAAUAGUGCAAUUCUUAAGAUCACUACCGAUAAUAGGUCCAAUACUCUCUCACCCAGCAGUUGCUCCAAUUGUUGACAAAAUUGCUGGUGUCAGAGUCUUGCCAGUGUAA